AAAAAAUUGUGAACCAUAUAUAUAUAUCGGGAAUCCAUUAAUUUUACACAGAUCUGAGCUUACAGACUUUAUAUAUUUUCUAUUUUACAGUAUUUAAUUAACAGCCUACAGUUUUUUUUUGUAAAAUGACUCAUACAUAUGAUACAUACAAGUAAGUAUACUUACAUACCUCAUAUAUGAUAUAAUUAUGUGCCCCGAAUUCCCAAAUAUAUAUUCGACAGUGUUUUCGCGGCUCUUUUUCUCAUCAGUCAUUUAAUUGCUAGCUGUAUAAAGGUUUAAAUAAAUUGUACUUGAUUAAGUAAGCACACUUCAGCACUUAUGAAAGUCUGAAAAUUAAAAUAAGAAGAAAAAAAAACAUUAAAAAGUGAAAAGAAAAGCAAGCUCUUGAAUAUAUGUUAUACUUAACCUCGUUCAAAAAGGCUUACUUGUCUACUACUGUACUUUAUACAUUUGAGAAGGGAACGCUAUACAUAAGGUACAAAACGUAUACAUAUCUCACCCCUAUUGACAUAAAAAGUCUCGAAACAGCAGCAUAAGGAUUGUAAAGUGUCGAUCAACCCUCAAAGUGGUGCAACAACGGAAACGUUGACACAAUGUCGGGGAGGCUAGGUGCGGCUGGCGGUGGUGAUGUGUUUACAAAUGUCAUCCACACUGGCAGUACCGACCUGCUACAGCAAGCACUCCAGCAAAUAGUGAACGACGAGGAUGAGCAAAAUCGUCUUCAACAGCAAAACAAUAGUUUAAUGGCUUUUUUACAAAACAGUGAGGGUAGUGAUGUACCCCAGGUGAUACAGCUGAGUACGGAGCAGGCUGCUGCUCUGGGUAUCAAUUUCAGCAAGCUUGAAAACAAUGUGACUAUUGAACAGGCAAGUGAUGAUUGUGGGACUGAGUAUGUGGUCCAGGAGUGCAGUGCCGAGGAUGUACAGCAGUCACAGCUUAGUCAAGAGGAGACCCAGAGGUUACUCAACGAGUUGGUGCAAAGUGGACUGCUCAAGAGAAAAGAGGAGGUGGCCCAGGAAGUUGUAUUUGAGGACUGGAAUGUGCAGCAGCAGCAGCAACAACAACAACAACAAAACAAUCACAAUGAACACUACAAACAAAAUUUACAAGAACCAAAUAUAGCCAUGGAGUCCAUUGCAAUAGGAGAAAAUUCCAAUCACCAAACAGGUCAAAUUGAAGAACAAACGAGUAAUUUUCUUCACAUACAAUCAAAUCGACCAGAUGAACUCGUGCAAGAGCAAAGUAUUCCAAAGAGCAUGGAAGCGCAACGCAACAAAAACACACCACAAAACACGAUACAGUUUAGUAUAGCUUCGAGUAAUCCUCAAGUGUGCAGCGUCUCGGAAUCACAGGCUCAGAUACUCCAGAGGUUUCCAGUGAUCCUACCAUCGUCUCAGUUCAUCAUUGAGCCAGCACAAACAGUUCUCACGCCCAUGAAAAGCAUAAGGAUAUUGCCCAGUCCGACCAAAGCUAGUAAUGCUCAGACUUCAAAAAAUUCCUUACUUCUGCCAAAAACUACUAUAUUAAGAAACAUGUCACCACAAUUGAUCAAGGCUGUGCCCGUUGGAACGCAGUUUCUCAGUACAGCAAAUAACAUAUCAACGCAGUUGUUAAAUGCUUCGCAAUUAAUUUCCAAAGCCAACAACGGUAGCUGUAGUAUUAUUAGUGGUAGUAGUGGUAGUAAUCGGUUAGUCAACGAUUCUCUAGUUACAACUCGUGUCAGUAACGUACCUUCGACUACACAGCAUUUGAUUCGCCAGGCGUCAGUACAAAGACCUGGGCAGACGCAAGCCCGGCAGAGGCCAAAUCAGCAGCAGUACUUCACACCCAUUCUAAAGGCCAAUACCCUCGCGUCAAAUGGCAUUACUGUGGUGAGAAAUACUCCCCUCCUAAACAGCAACGCGAUGAAACAGAGUAGCACCACACCGGUGUUGAAAUCGAUUAAUCCCUCGGUGCUGAAAACGAGCUUGUUAAAAAAUCCCGUGGCAAUAUCGUUGCCGGUAUCAAAGACCGGCAACUCGCCAGUGAUAGUGACGACCCCCGUGAUGAAAACCAUUGAUCCCUUACAGCCCUCGAAAUCGAUAAAUCCAUCCAUCAUAAGGAGGAAAAUGUCUAGCACGCCGGUUUCAAUUUUGAAACCCCAGAUCAAGGCUGCGAACAAUAGUUUGAUCAAACAAAAUCUAACGAGUCUUCUGAGCAACAAGAAGCCGCUGGAACUCAAUGGCGGGCUGAAGCCCCUGGUAACGGCUAAACUAAAGCAAAGCGUCAACUCGCUCAUGAAGAGUAUUAAAAAUAAGCCGAUCACGCAGAAAUUGGUGACAGUCAAGCAGGACCCGAUUGAUGCGGUUAAUGACUCAUUGGGGUCGAGCGACAAUCCUGUACAGAUCGUCCAACAAGGCGACACGUAUCAUAGCGUGAAUCGUUUGACGCAAGCCCAGCUGAAAGUGAUAGCCGAAGCUCUGCAGCAGAGGAACCAAAAUUCUGCGAAUUCCAAAGAAAAAAUUCUGUACAGGCUCAGUUUCAACGACGAAUUAGAUUUGAGGAUGUUGCAAAAAGCGGAUGUGAAUUCGAGCAAAAACAGCAAGCGCGGCAGGCCCAAAAAGGGGUCCGCCAAAGCAUCCGUUGUACCCGUCAAAUCAGAAGAACAGAGCGAGUCAAAGGACGAUCGCAACAAGAUCGUAGCGCGCACGAGAUCGGGCAGACUGUCGAGGCCACCGCGACACAUGGUGCGGGACUACAAACACCUAAAUCACGUCGAUCUCACGCAACCCGACCUCGAUGAUUCGGGCGGAGGCUACAGUGAUUAUACCACGAGCAACGGUGUUGGGGCCACCAGAAAAUUUUCCCAAGAGGACGAGGGCCCUAACCAGAGAACGGAACUACUGGCUGGGGUAGAGAUGCCCAAGCGAAAGGUACCAGACAUUUCCAAGUGUCCCACGUGCAACAAGGUUUACCUAGGGAGAUCGAGAAUAGCCAAGCAUUUCGAGAUGAAUCCGGACCAUGGUAGCUUGGACUCCGUCGAAGCUGAACUGAAGCAGGUACUGUUUGAGAUGAGCUCGUGGCGAAGCUCCGAUAGAUUAUUAUUUAUUCACGUUACGUUUCAGCAGACAACCCCACAUGACUCGUUGAAGCGUAAAGGAAAAAAACGCGGCCCCUGGGCGUACACGACACCCGAGGCGAAGUCAGAGCGCCGGCAGCUCAAGCUUCGCGAGGCCAUGUCUGCGUGCGAGAGUUCGGAAAUAGCCAAAGUCGCUGCUAAACCAGUCGUCAGUUCUCUAUCCCUUUUCGACCUUCUGAUACUCAAAUCCGAAAACAAUGUGCGCACCUUUCUGUCGGAAAUCAAACAACUCGUCGAACGUGUUCGCGAAAAGACGAGUACAAUGCUAACCGCCGUUGGCAACGAGAAUGACGAUCAAGUGGUUGAUUUGAACGAAGAGUUGCUGUGCGAUGUUUUGGAGCUGAAUUCGGGCUUCUACAGGGUCAACGAGCCUCUCGUUACCGAGGAAGCUGAGACGGAGAGCAGUACCGAGCCGCCUCUGAAGAUGCAAAAGACCGAUGAUCAUUUCGAAGAAGCUAAAGAGAACGUAGAGGAGAGUGGUUAUUCCGAGAGCUCCAAUUUCAGCGUCUGUGACUUGUUUAACGAGCGAAGAAGCGAAUCCCAGACGAAGUCCAGCUGUCCCGAGGUCCUCAGUGCUCUCACGCUUGUACCGCGAAAUUCCUAUACGAAUCAUGAAAGCGAGGCUUCAUCCAAAUCAAGCAGUACUCCGAAAGGGGUCUUGAGCUCAGGUGUAGAGAUCAAUACUACGGAUACUCCUGGAUUCCAAAAGCUCAGUAUCAACGCCGAGACGAGGGCGAAUCUCAACUUUGUGAAGGAAGGAGCGUUCACAAAAUUGGGCGAUUCACUGGAACCUGUCUGCAACGAUGUCUUCACAAAGUUCAAUGGUAACUUUAACCAAUCGAAGAUGAAGGGCAUGCAAAGGACGUUUAUCAAGUUGGAACCGACCGAGGAAGGAUUCAUCAAGUUGGAGAACGGAAUGAUUGGUGGAUUCCACGAAGAAAUGGAAGACUUUGGAAAAAUUCAGAGCAACGGCUUCCACUUCGUGUCAAGCAGCAUAUCAGAUAAUUUUAAUGGCAAGGGCUUCCGCAAACUAGUUCCUAAAGCAAUGACAGCGAACGAAGCUUCGGUUCUCAGACACGAGAACUUCGAAAUUAUGGACAGCAGCAGUAGCAAUCAUGAAGUCAACGAAAACUCGAUUCAAAUAACGACGAGCAGUAACAGUAACAGCAGCAUAUCUGACGCGACACACAUCUUCGAGUCGACUGACAGCCUGGACAUCUCGAAGAUGACAAAUUACGAUCACAUCGCACAUUUGGAUAUGCUGAACGAGAGCGGCGCGAUUGACAAGAAUCUCAUGAUGGAUGAAAAACUCGUCGAGCACUUGCAACUCGUCAACAGUUCCAACAUCAAUAUUGUCGAUGAGCUCGUCUCUGAGAGGCUGAAGAGCGUUAUGCCUGAUGGUAUGCUAGAAAACGAUUUGAUGCACCACAAUGGCAGUUUGGAUACAGAUUUGGAUUUCGAAGAGUUGAGCGAAGAGUUUAAUAGAAACACCAGAAGUUGAUAAAGGAUGCUCUGACUGUAUUAUUAUUUUGUUUGUGCGAGUUGAUGUGUCGUUGAAAAAAGUUGAUUGUUUUUCUUUGGAAGUGUCAAGGUCAGUAGAUUAUUAAUUUUAUUGCGUAAAUGAUUAGUAUUGAGAUCACGUAGGAGUGUGGGAAAACAGUAUUAUCCUUAGAAUGAAUUUAACUUAUUGAUUCUAAGCAAAAGUGAAAUAGUCUUCUGUCAUUUUUUUUGAAUUUUAAUUGAAUUACUUUUAAAACUUUUUACAACCCAAUUUCAUACAAUAUUAAAUAAGAACUGAGAUUUUUAUUUUUUUGGCCUUUAACAUUGUUCAGUAAAACACUUAAGUUUUCUUUCAAUUAUGAACUUUACCUUCUCCUAUUCUCUCAAGUAUUGCACUUCUUGUUAGUGUACAAUUUAAAUAUUUAAUACUUUAUUACAAAAUCGUUUACGUGCAAAAAAAUAUUUUUAUUUAAUAUUAAAUAUAGCUCGUAGUAAUAUUUUACUUGUUAAGUGUGUGAACCCACGUGACUGAAAUAUAAAUUCACAAAGAUGUUACAUAUUUUUAAUAUAAAUUUAUAAUUGAAAAAUGCAUCGUAUGUUAGCAUGAAUGGUUGGUAAAUAUUUGAGUAAGGUUGGUAAUUUGAAAAACAGCUCUCUGGUAACAGAGAGGUAUUCUAGUCUGAAUCAAAUUUUUCAAUGCUGAAAUAAAUUCUUUUUUAACUAAUCUGACAAAGAAGUCACACUAUUUAUCAUUCCUCACAUAAUAUUCUUUGUUUGAAUGACGAUCUCAGUUAAAAAUGUAAUAUAUAUUUUUGUCAAACUGUGUCUAAUCUUGGAAUGGAAAAAUAAAAAACGA